AUAGAGAGAGAGAGAGAGAGAGAGAGAGAGAAGGCAGAGAGUAUUAUGUGCAGAAAGUAAGCAAAACACAAUUCCACCACCACCAUAUAUCCUAUCAAACUGAUGAGACUGCAAGAAAAGAAAGAAAGUGAACCUCUGAUUCUCUCUCUCUAGCUUUGCUGUGUCUCUCUUUUCUCAUUACAAAGCUCACAUAUUCUCACCUAGCCCAUUUGAGUAACAUACAUAUAUUUUAUCUGCGUCACUCACCGGAGUCUUAACUGACACCAUGGCCGUUGACUUUAGAGCUUACAGGGUCCACUCUGCCAAGCACUUCUCUUCUGUUCAAGCUGCACGCAUUCACUCUGGUAAUCAAGAAAAAUAGGCUUGCAAAGGGACUAAUGUAAGAUCUUGAAUCCGAGGCUUUGAUUAAUUAAGAGGCUGGAGAAAGUUUUACUAGGUUGGAGGCUAAUCAACCCCGCCUAAAGUGAUCGUUAUGACGAAUUGCCCUGAAGAUGAACUUAGUGUGCAAAAACAGAAGUGCAAAAAACAGUUAGAGGAGAUCAAUAGUGAUCUGUUAACACAUCAGAGGUCUUUGGAAUGGCUUAGGACUAAAUUGGUGAUAUUGAAGAGCAAAGCAAAUCCUUCAUCCAAGUCUCGUGGUUCUGGCAUACUUGAAAACCAGCAAAAAGAUGAUGACCACAAUUUGACUGAGAAAACAUCUCAAGAAAGUCACACAAUCCUCUAUGAUUCAGACAAUGAUGAUGAUUCAAGAGCUUUAUUUCCUUGCCCCUUCUGCAUUGUGGACAUCGAUGUUUCUGUGCUCUGUAGCCAUUUGCAAGAAGAACACUGUUUUGACUUAAAAAAUGCGGUUUGUCCUUUGUGUGCGGCAAAUCUUGGGAAGGAUGUGAUAGGGCAUUUUAUUGUGCAGCAUGCAAGCUCGCUGAAGCGAAGGAGAAAAUCUGAGAAAUAUGGCUUCUUGAGUGGUAAUUCAGCUAUGCUUGGAAAAAAGUUUCCAACACAUCCCAUGGGAAACAAGCAUGAAUCUACACCUGAUCCACUCCUCUCAUCAUUUAUCUACCAUAUGCCUUUUUUGGAGCCUAAAUGUAUCCCUCAAGAUGAAUGCUUCAGAGAAGAUGCCUCCUCUGCCACAUCUGAUGUGAAAAGCAUUGAGCCAUCUUCACUGCAUGAAGAUCAUGAACAGAAUAAAGAAGAGAAGAGGAAGAAAGCUGCUUUUGUCCAAGAGUUGAUUAUGUCAACCAUAUUCUAAAAAACAUCCCCAUGCAUGUUUGGUGAAGCUCAACUUUUUCAGAAGAUGCAAAAGGUUGCUUCACUUACCAGUUGCCAAUGACCCGUUUUCCACAGGCACUAUGUUUUUCAAUGGUGCAUAACUUCAGGAUAUAAAUUAGUUUCUAUAUUAGGUAGCCGACUAAUACAUCUUUUACAUGUUCAUGGAGAGCAGUGUGAAUUUAUUUUCAACCCAUCUAUGUAAUGAGUAGAAACAAUCGUUUCUAUAUAUAAAGCUACUUAAAUCUAUGAUAUCUAAAUGCCAGGCGCAAAUUUCGCUGGUGGUGCGUUU